AUGUUUUACCCACUGGAACUUCCACGGCCCCGUCGACCACUGUACAUGGAUUACGACGGAAAAACUGGACUUAUCCUGACGCAGCAGGAUACCACGAAUGUAAGUCCUUUGCGAAAACUAUGGCUGCUUUUGCUGCCUUAUCUCAAGGGCUAUGCAGCAGAGUCCUCUGUACACGGCAUACGAUAUUUGGCUGAUCCCAAAAUGAGAAAAUUCGAGAGGCUAAUCUGGUUGCUGAUUCUGGUGACCACCAGCAUUGGUGCCAUUGUGGUUUAUGUGGACCUGAACGAACUUUACCAAACGGUGCGCAUACAUACCACCAUCAAGAACACCAUGCUCCCAAUUUUCCGGGUUCCAUUUCCCUCGAUUGGCCUUUGCCCACGGAAUCGCCUCAAUUGGAGGCUUUUGGAGAACGGGGCAGCUGAGCACUUUCUGGGAGCCAAUGUGUCUGCAGCCCAAAAGGACCUUUUCGUUAAGUUCUUUACUGCUGCAGGGGAUCCGCACUUGUCCCGCAUGAACGAAAUGUCCACUUUCUUCAGGAAUGAAACUCUAGUGGCUGACUUGCACCUACUGAACGACUUAGAUCUCCGCGAAGUCUUCGAGUACCUCCAGAUAAGAUGUCAAGAUCUAUUCCAUGCCUGCCGCUGGCGGGGAAAUCCAGUGAACUGCUGUGAGGUUUUCGAGCAUCAGUUCACGGAGUCCGGCUUGUGUUUUGUCUUUAACACGGAGAUCAGUCCGGCGUCACGAAAAAAAGCUAGUGAGGACAGAUACUACCCGCUUCGCACUCCGCAUUAUGGCGAAGGCUCGGGAUUAGACAUUUUCCUGAGGCGCAACAGGUCGCUCAUCCGUCCGGGAAAACGAGGCAUAAACGUGAUGAUCAAGCAGCCGCAGCAGUGGAGCGAUGUUGUGCGCCAUGUGCCACAUGAAGCGCACACCAGGAUCAGCAUGGUGCCCCGCUUCACGGUCACGGAUGAACGGACCCGGUCCGUGUCUCCCCAAGUCAGAAGAUGCAUCUUUCCCGAUGAAGUGGACAGUCCGCAGUACAAGAAUCUGCCGGGAUUUCAGUAUUGGGUGGGCAACUGCCGCAGCAAGUGCCAUCAGGAACACGUCAUCGAACUCUGCAAGUGUUCGCCCACUAUAUUUUUCCCCAUUACCGAUAAAGAUAACUUUACUGCCUGCAAAGCUUCAGACUUCAAGUGUCUCUACGACAACAGACUUAUCUUUAGUAUUGAACGACAUCCCGAAGAGGACGAAUUUGUGAAAAAUCCCUUUAAGGAAAGCAUGAUUUGUGACUGCUUUACCAGCUGCACUCAGCUUAUUUUCGAGCGCGUUUUUACCACUACUUCACUAGAUAAUAAUGAAACCGAUACAGAGGCUGGCACAAUGCGAUUGGAUAUAUUUUACCAGUCCGGCUGGUUUAUUCAAUAUCAGACCACCAUGAGAUUUACCUUUGUGGAAUUACUGGCAAGUUUUGGUGGCAUAAUCGGACUUUUUCUGGGCGGCUCAUUGCUGAGCGCCUUUGAGUUGGCCUACUAUUUUUCUAUUGGUCUUUAUUUGUAUAUACAAGGUAAGGGAAAAGUGAAAAAACCCGAACCUCGCAUUAUAACUGUGCCAUUUGGUCAGAGAAAAAUAACACCAAUUAAAUACAUACAUUAA